CCGAUGCCCGUCUGCCGGCUCCGGUGUGCAGCUCGCUCAGGGGAAAGAGGAGGCGGCGGCGGCGUUGGCUCCGCACUGCUCCGCUCUCUUUUCCUGCGCCGUCCCCGGGCGAGAGGGGAACCGCCGCCAUGGUGAAGGAGCAGUUCCGCGAGACGGACGUGGCCAAGAAGAUAAGCCACAUCUGCUUUGGGAUGAAGUCUCCAGAAGAGAUGCGACAGCAGGCUCACAUCCAGGUGGUUAGUAAAAACCUAUACAGUCAAGACAACAAUCAUUCACCUCUGCAGUAUGGUGUACUGGACCAUCGAAUGGGUACAAGUGAGAAGGAUCGUCCAUGUGAAACUUGUGGAAAGAAUCUGGCGGAGUGUUUGGGUCAUUAUGGCUACAUUGACCUGGAGUUGCCUUGUUUCCAUGUGGGGUACUUCAAAGCCGUGAUAGGCAUUUUGCAGAUGAUUUGUAAGACCUGUUGCCGUAUCAUGCUGACCUUCGAAGAACAGAAACAGUUUUUGGAUUAUCUGAAGAGACCUGGCUUGACCUACCUCCAGAAACGGGGUUUGAAAAAGAAGAUCUCCGAAAAGUGCAGAAAAAAGAACACCUGCCCAUAUUGUGGGGCUUUUAAUGGUACUGUAAAGAAGUGUGGCUUACUGAAGAUAAUCCAUGAGAAAUACAAGACGACGAAGAAGAUAGUGGACCCCAUUGUGUCUAACUUCAUACAGUCCUUUGACACUGCUAUAGAACAUAAUAAAGAGAUUGAAUCCCUACUGGGGAAAGCCCAGGAGAACUUGAAUCCUUUAGUGGUUUUAAAUAUCCUAAAGAGAAUUCCCGCAGAAGACAUCCCUCUGCUUUUGAUGAACCCCGAAUCCGGCAAGCCUUCGGACUUGAUCCUGACACGACUCUUGGUCCCCCCGCUCUGCAUUAGGCCAUCUGUGGUGAGCGACUUAAAAUCUGGCACCAACGAGGAUGACUUAACGAUGAAGCUGACAGAAAUAAUUUUCCUCAAUGAUGUGAUCAAAAAGCAUAGAAUAUCAGGAGCCAAAACUCAGAUGAUAAUGGAGGACUGGGACUUCCUGCAGCUGCAGUGCGCUCUGUACAUCAAUAGUGAACUCUCUGGCAUUCCUCUCAACAUGGCACCCAAGAAGUGGACACGAGGCUUUGUUCAAAGACUGAAGGGAAAACAGGGUCGGUUUAGAGGAAACUUGUCUGGAAAGCGAGUGGACUUCUCAGGCAGAACAGUGAUCUCGCCUGACCCAAACCUGCGCAUUGAUGAAGUGGCUGUGCCUGUUCAUGUUGCAAAAAUACUAACAUUUCCUGAGAAGGUGAAUAAAGCUAACAUCGACUUUAUGAGGAAACUUGUUCGGAAUGGUCCAGAGCUUCAUCCUGGUGCCAACUUCAUUCAGCAGAGGCACACACAGAUGAAAAGGUUUUUGAAAUACGGAAACCGUGAGAAGAUGGCUCAGGAACUGAAGUAUGGGGACAUUGUGGAGAGACACCUCAUAGAUGGCGAUAUAGUCCUGUUCAAUCGACAACCCUCUUUGCACAAGCUCAGCAUCAUGGCUCAUAUAGCUAGAGUAAAACCGCACCGGACUUUCAGAUUUAAUGAAUGUGUCUGUACACCAUACAAUGCUGACUUUGAUGGUGAUGAGAUGAAUCUUCAUCUUCCUCAAACCGAAGAAGCAAAAGCAGAAGCCCUUGUUCUGAUGGGGACUAAAGCAAACUUGGUAACACCAAGAAAUGGAGAGCCCCUUAUUGCUGCAAUUCAGGAUUUCCUUACAGGGGCUUACCUCCUCACCCUCAAAGACACUUUCUUCGAUCGAGCUAAAGCUUGUCAGAUUAUCGCUUCUAUUCUGGUUGGCAAGGAUGAGAAAAUAAAAGUUCGCCUCCCGCCGCCAGCAAUUCUCAAGCCUGUAACCCUGUGGACAGGAAAGCAGGUCUUCGGUAUCAUUCUGAAGCCUAGUGACAGUUGUCCUGUCAAAGCCAACCUUCGAACCAAGGGCAAGCAGUAUUGUGGCAAGGGAGAAGACUUGUGCAGCAACGAUUCCUACGUUGCAAUCCACAAUAGUGAGUUGAUGGCUGGCAGCAUGGACAAAGGAACUUUAGGGUCUGGAUCCAAGAAUAAUAUCUUCUACAUUUUGCUGAGAGAUUGGGGACAAGUGGAGGCAGCUGAUGCGAUGUCACGGCUAGCCAGACUUGCUCCCGUCUACCUCUCUAAUCGAGGAUUUUCAAUUGGAAUUGGCGAUGUGACUCCAGGACAGGGGCUGCUGAAGGCAAAGUAUGAACUUCUGAAUGCUGGGUACAAGAAAUGUGAUGAAUAUAUUGACGCUUUGAAGACUGGCAAACUGCAGCAGCAACCUGGCUGUACAGCAGAAGAGACAUUAGAGGCGCUGAUUCUGAAAGAGCUGUCUGUGAUCAGAGAUCAUGCUGGCAGUGCCUGCCUUCGAGAACUAGACAAGAGUAACAGCCCCCUCGUCAUGGCUCUUUGUGGUUCAAAAGGCUCCUUCAUUAACAUCUCCCAGAUGAUUGCUUGCGUAGGACAGCAGGCUAUCAGUGGCUCACGCGUGCCUGACGGCUUUGAGAACCGAUCCUUGCCUCAUUUUAAGAAGCAUUCCAAGCUUCCAGCAGCGAAAGGUUUUGUUGCCAACAGCUUCUAUUCUGGCUUGACGCCCACGGAGUUUUUCUUCCACACCAUGGCUGGUCGAGAAGGCCUGGUUGAUACUGCUGUAAAAACAGCUGAAACGGGAUACAUGCAGAGACGGCUGGUAAAAUCGCUUGAAGAUCUGUGCUCACAGUAUGACCUGACUGUCAGGAGUUCUACCGGUGACAUCAUACAGUUCAUUUAUGGCGGAGAUGGCUUAGAUCCUGCAGCUAUGGAGGGAAAAGAUGAACCUCUGGAGUUCAAGCGUGUCCUGGACAACAUCAGAGCAGUGUAUCCAAGCCGAAGUGAGCCAGCACUUAGUAAAAAUGAAUUGGUGUUAACUGCUGAAUCCAUCAUGAAGAAGAACGAAUUCCUUUGCUGCCAGGACAGCUUCCUACAGGCGUUUACUGAAACAGGUUAUGCAGUGUACAAUGAGGAAAUUAAAAAAUUCAUCAAAGCUAUGUCCGAGAAGAUCAAGAAAACCAGGGACAAAUAUGGCAUUAAUGACAAUGGCACAACAGAGCCGUAUGUUUUGUACCAAUUGGACCGGAUUACUCCAACCCAGCUGGAGAAGUUUCUAGAAACCUGUAGAGAGAAGUAUAUGAGGGCACAGAUGGAACCUGGCUCUGCAGUGGGAGCUCUGUGCGCUCAGAGUAUCGGAGAGCCUGGCACACAGAUGACUCUGAAAACUUUCCAUUUUGCUGGGGUUGCCUCAAUGAACAUCACGCUAGGGGUGCCGAGAAUCAAAGAGAUCAUCAAUGCCUCCAAAGCCAUCAGUACGCCAAUUAUCACAGCCCACCUUGACACGGACGAUGAUCCAGACUUUGCCCGUUUGGUUAAAGGACGAAUAGAGAAGACACUACUGGGAGAGAUUUCGGAGUACAUUGAAGAGGUUUUCCUUCCUGACGACUGUUUCAUUCUUGUCAAGCUUUCGUUAGAGCGGAUUAGGCUGCUGAGGCUGGAAGUUAAUGCGGAGACUGUGCGGUAUUCUAUUUGUGUCUCGAAGCUGAGAGUGAAGCCUGGGGAUGUAGCUGUUCACGGUGAGGCCGUUGUCUGCGUUACUCCCCGAGAGAACAGCAAGAGUUCAAUGUACUAUGUCUUGCAGUCUCUGAAAGAAGAACUACCAAAAGUGGUUGUGCAGGGUAUCCCGGAAGUGUCUCGCGCUGUCAUUCAUAUUGAUGAGCAGAGUGGGAAGGAGAAGUACAAGCUGCUGGUGGAAGGUGACAACCUGCGAGCUGUCAUGGCCACACAUGGAGUCAAAGGAACAAGGACUACUUCGAACAACACUUACGAGGUCGAGAAAACCUUGGGCAUUGAGGCUGCCCGGACCACCAUCAUCAAUGAGAUUCAGUACACUAUGGUAAACCAUGGUAUGAGCAUUGACCGGAGGCAUGUGAUGCUGCUGUCUGACCUGAUGACAUACAAGGGUGAGGUUCUGGGGAUUACUCGGUUUGGCCUGGCAAAAAUGAAGGAGAGUGUAUUGAUGCUUGCUUCGUUUGAGAAGACAGCAGAUCACCUCUUUGACGCUGCAUAUUUUGGGCAGAAGGAUUCAGUGUGUGGCGUUUCUGAGUGCAUCAUUAUGGGUAUCCCAAUGAACAUUGGAACUGGACUUUUCAAGCUGCUGCAUAAAGCUGACAAGGAAGCAGACCCCCCGAGAAGGCCUUUAAUUUUUGACAACCCCGAUUUCCAUAUUUCCCUUACUACGUAGCAGCUGGAGAGCACCAAACAGCAAGCAGAUGGCAUAUUUUAAACUGGAGCUGCAUGCCUCUCUAAGUAGGGUUUGGAGGCUGGAUAAGUGAGAGAUCAUGAUGUGCGCAACUGAUCCACCACUGCUGCAGGCGUUUAUCUUUUGUGUACUUAAUCCGCAGUGAACUUCAGCUGACGGCGUUUGGUUUUUAAAAGCAAUAAUUUUCCCUGCUACAUCAAAAACCUGUAACAUGGAUUGUGGGACACCAAAUCCCUAUGAAAGGGAAGACGCUUAACGUUUUUGCCUGGAUUUCUGUCAGAAGCAUUAGCUAUAGUAAUAGGAAAGAAUUCUGCUGCCUCUACCAGCUGUGAUAAACAUCUGUCAGAGUGUCCAAAGUAAUUUCCAGUUGGAUUGAUGUCAAAUAGGUUGUGUUUGCUGUCAUAUGUAGUGCAUAUCCUUUUCUGUUAAAGUUUGCUUCCCAAGUA